AUGGCUCCUUCACCACAACCUGCCCCCGCUCCUGUGUUGCGUCCUCAUACACGCAACAAGAGUGGCGUGGUUCAACCGAAGAAGCGCACGGACGGGACUGUUGCCUGGCUCGCGACUUGCAUGGCGCAAGCACAAGCGGAUCCUACUGGUGAACCAAGGCAUUUUCAGGCAGCUAUGAGCAUUCCACACUGCCGUCUUGCGAUGGAACAAGAAUACCAAGCUCUUCUUCAGAAUGGCACGUGGUGUUUAGUUCCUCCUAGGGCAGGUGUCAAUGUUAUUGAUUCUAAGUGGGUGUUUAAGGUUAAGCGACAUGCCGAUGGUUCUAUUGAGCGAUACAAGGCUCGCAUGGUUGCUAAAGGAUUCAAACAACGUCAGGGUCUUGAUUAUGAGGAUACCUUCAGUCCGAGGAGGAGGUAUAUAUGCGUCAGCCUCCUAUUAGCUCCAUUCACUAAGGGGGAAACCAAGGGUAGCAUGGUUCUCGUCACAACACGGUUUCCAUCUAUAGCUCAAAUGGUGAAAACAACUGAUCCAGUAGAACUGCACAGUUUGGAGCCUAAUGAAUUUUUCAAAUUCUUUGAAACAUGUAUAUUUGGUCAUAGCAAACCUGGGCAUUAUGAAGAUGACUUAAUUGAUGUUGCACGAGGUAUUGCAAAUAAACUAAAGGGUUCGCCACUAGCAGCCAACACAGUUGGUCGGUUAUUGAAGAAAAACCAUUCUCGGGAAUAUUGGCUAGGAGUUCUUGAAAAGAAUGAGUGGAAAAAUGCAAAAGAUUAUGAUGAUAUUAUGCCUUCUUUGAAAAUUAGUUAUGAUUACCUUCCUUUCCUUCUAAAAAAAUGUUUUUCAUAUUUUUCUCUCUUCCCUGAAGAUUAUAGGUUUUACAAUUUAGAAAUUACUAGCUUUUGGAUCGCAAUUGGUAUCUUAGAAUCUAGUUGCCAAGACAAGAAUAAUUACCUAGAAGAACUAGUGGACAAUGGUUUUCUCAUAAAGGGAGUUGAUAAGUCUGAUGAUCAAUACUAUGUGAUGCAUGAUUUAUUGCAUGAACUAUCCCGGAGUGUUUCAUCACAAGAAUGUGUCAAUAUAAGUAGUAUAAGUUUUAGUUCUGAUGAUAUCCCACGAUCUAUUAAACAUUUGUCAAUCACCACAAAGAAUAUAUAUGAUGAAAGUUUUGGGGAGGAAAUAGGUAAACUGAAGCGCGUGAUAGACAUUGCAAGUUUGCGUUAUUUGAUGAUUUUUGGAUUACAUGGUCGAACAAUAGCUCAUAUUUUAAAAGAUACAUUUGAAGAAAUAAAGGGUCUCCGGGUUCUAGUUAUAGCAAUGAACACUCCGGAAUCUUUGCCAAACUAUUUUCCAAACCUUUUACACCUCCAAUUCCUUCAAAUUAGAUCACCUUAUCGCUGGAACAAAAUGACGUUACCUAGCACAUUGUCUAGAUUUUACCACUUGAAAUUUCUGGACCUCAAUGGCUGGAAUGGUAGUGAAAAGUUGCCUAAAGACAUUAAUCGCCUUGUGAAUUUACGACAUUUCCUUUCUUCCAAAGAACUCCAUUCCUAUAUUCCUGAGGUUGGAAAGAUGAAGUGUUUACAAGAGCUACAAGAGUUCCAUGUUAAGAAAGAGGGAGUUGGCUUUGAAUUGAGAGAGCUGGGGGAACUGGCACUGCUAGGAGGAGAGUUCCGUCUAUGUAAUCUUGAAACUGUGACAUCCAAAGGAGAAGCUAGUACUGCCAAACUAAAGAAUAAAAAGAAUCUAAAAGGGCUGAAAUUAGUUUGGAGUACAGAGCAACGGACCAUAAAUGAUGAUGUUCUUGAUGGUCUUCAACCACACCCUAAUCUUAGGGUGCUUGGCAUUAUAAAUCCUGGUGUUGCCCCUUGUCCUAGAUGGUUGUGUGGUGACAUUAGCAUAAAAGGGUUGGAGGAUCUCCAUCUGGAGGGUGUAUCUUGGGGGACUCUUCCAGCUUUUGAGCAGGUAUCACACCUCAGUAGUCUCACUUUGAAAAAUAUUGCUGGGAUGAGUGUGUUUGGGCCUGGCUAUAGUGGUUUUACAGAAAGAAGUUUGAUGCACCUGAAGAAACUUGAGUUUGAGAAUAUGCCAGAGCUUGAGAAGUGGGUCGGGGAACCCAAUAGCUGUCUAUUUUCAAGGCUUGAAAGCAUCAAGGUUGGAGGUUGUCUGCUUCUCCGUUUGUUUCCCUUCUUGAAGUGCUCUGACCUAUUUACCAACCUGUGUAGUCUUCAUAUUGAUAACUGCCCCAAGUUGUCUCAGUUCCCAUCCAUGCCUCACACCUCCACACUAACAGAUAUUCGUGUGGAAACUGGCGGGUCAAAGCUAUUAUAUGACGGUAAGGAAUUGAGCAUUAAAGGCUAUACCGGGGCUUUGGCUUUCCACAAUAUGGAUAAAGUAGAGGUUAUGAAAAUUACGGAUGUGUCACGCAUAUCAUUUUCAGACCUCCAGAAACUAAAUUUGUUGAGAAGUAUACAUUUCAAGAAAUGCAACAACAUGUUUUCUGCAGAACUGGAUGAUAGUGUUGUCCUCCAUUCAGUUCAGAAUCUUUACAUGCAAAAAUUAUGCAUUACUGGAGAAUUGUUCUCAAAGGUUUUGAAGUGUUUCACGACCCUUUCCCAGCUUACCAUCAAAAAGUGUAAGAGGCUUGAACUUCUAGCUAUGGAGGAUAGAAGACUCUCAGGCCUCAAGAUGCUCCAAUCAUUUACAGGAUCGGGUUGUAGGAACUUGUUCUCUCGGUGGCCCAUGGGCGAAGUAGGUGGAGGAGCUGAUGCCAUCAAGCCUUUCCCUACUUCCCUCAGGGAGCUUGAUAUUUUCCAAGAGUCAAGCAUGAAGUCAAUGGGUCUGCUCUCAAACCUCACGUCUCUCACCAGUCUAAGUUUGACAUGUUGUCAAGGAUUGACAAUGGAUGGGUUCAAUCCUCUCAUCAUAGUCAACCUCAAGAAAUUUACUGUAAAUGCUAUGUAUCAAUACGAGAACAUGUCUAUAGUAGGGGAUCUGUCGUCAGAGAUUAUAAGGAGUAACCCAAUCCAUGCGGGUUCAUUCCAGCUGGAACAAUUUGUGGUGGAUAGCAUCUCGGCAGUGCUUACUGCUCCCAUCUGCAGCCACCUUGCCGCAAGCCUCCAUACAUUAAAGUUCAGUUUUGAUGAGCGGGCAACAACCUUCACGGAAGAGCAAGAGCAAGCGCUGCAGCUCCUCGCCUCCCUCAAACAUCUAGAAUUUCGAUAUUGUGUGAAUCUGCACUCGCUUCCUCAAGGAUUACGUGGCCUUUCUUCUCUGAAGGAACUAAGUAUGUACCGUUGUGAGAAAAUGCAAUGCCUGCCGCCCAAGGAGGGCCUCCCCGAUUCACUGGAAACACUACAAGUGUCGUUCUGCAGUCCUGAGGUUACUGGGCAAGCCAGGAAACUGGAGGAAAGUGACCCAUGGUUUUUGUAAUAGGAUCAGAUACGUAACCCACCCUAGUCUUAAAUUGAUGAAGCUUCUAAGACCUGACGGUCUUACAUGUUUCAAUUGCAGGGCUAAACUAGGGAGGAGCAGCGAGAGAGAGAGAGGGAUCUGCGAAUGGUGGAAUCUUCGCCGCUCUCUCUCGGAUCUCGGGGUUUUCCUGCCCCCCUCCACCAUGUCUCUCCUGACAAUCGCCGCCGAUGGGGCACGAGGGCGUCCAGCGCAGAGAUGGUCGCGGGGUCGCACAAUUGCAGUGAGCCGGUCGUGAUCCGCCCCCAACCCUGGUGCCCCCCGAGUUAAUAGGCAAUUGAAUGGCAAAGGUCUAGAGUGGCAGAUGCAGGGUUCAGGAGAGGAAAUUGAUUUGUCUUCAUCAUCAUGAUCAUCUUAUUCCUCGGCUGACAAAUGAGCAACAGGAAUCCUUGCUCUCUUUGCAUUAAUGCACUGAUAAUCUUCUUCAGACUUCUGGACUUCUUAAGAAACAUUUGCAGUGAUGUAGAUGUAUCCUGUCAGUGUUGUGGAGCUAGGUACAUUAGGAUCACACAUUCAAGUCAAUCUGCCUGAAUUUGCUAGCUAGGAGAUUAAGGCAAUACACUCUGCAAUCUUUCUUUUUUCAGAACUAUCUGAAGACUUGAAUAAUGGAGCAUGUGACAGCAGGUUAAAUCGUUCUGUUGGUAGCAUGGUUUCAUUCUGCAAACUGUGCUUCAUCUUGAGGGAAACAACACUUAUGAUGGUAGCUUUCUGACAGUUCCAAUGUUGCAGCACUAUCAAACAAAAAAGGAGGAACAUCCUGAACGUCUAGGUAUGUUUGUGAUAAACACUAUGUGGCAUUUGUUCUUCAUCAGUUCUUUGUUUGUAAUAUCAAAUUAAAAAAAGGAGGUUCUGUGCUUGACUUCCAUGGGCCAUUUGCCAAUUCAUUUCUGCACUCAUUGGUCGGAACAAGUAUCAAAACAUGUAUUCUGAUUUCUGAAGCUUAAGACUGAUUCUGCAGAAUAACUGGAAGGACUCUGUCAGUUGGCAAAUCUUCCAUCCAAAUAAUAACAGCAAAGGAAGAUUUUUCUGAAGCAGGAACUCGAGAUAGCGGCAUGGCAAACACUUGUAUGUGCAGACAACAAUUCUCCAACGGCAACGACACGCACCAAGCCAUGGCAUCCCACUUUCUCAAUGACACGCUUCCCGCGGCCCGCGCCAUCCUGCUCGCAGAACCGGGCCACCCUCCUGUUCCGCACCAGCAUGCUGUGCUCCACUUGGUGGCUUGUGAUUGCUCUUGCUCGAUCGAUGCUAACCUCAACAUCUGCCUUUGAUGUGCAUGCCCUCUAGCUGUGUGCUCUGCUACUGCUACUCCCUGUAGCCCAACUUGUACAUCUUCGACUCUGGCAGGGCAUGUGCCCACGUCACCGGAGUAGCCUCAGACCGACACUGAGCUGCUGCGAAUUCGGCCAAUUCAUCACGAAGCAGAUGAAGUCCCUAGUCCCUACAGCAGGAACAGCUACCCGAUCAUAUAUUCUGAAGUUCAAAGUGAUAUUCUGUUUUGUGUUCAGGAAUCCACGAUCGAUGCUGCGGAGCGGCAACUGCUUCUAUGUGUACGAGAUCCUCAAUGUUCACCGCAUCAUGUGCCUCUGGCGUUUUCACUUGCGCGCUAGCUGUGUCCUGCCCCUCCUACGUCAACAACCUCACCAUCUUCAACUCCGGCACUGCCUGGCCCCACAUCGCUGGUGUAAUUUGUGGCCAACACCGAGCGGCCUGUCCAUCACUUUUGCGUGAUGUUCUAGGCAAGCAGCAGCUAGCGCAUGCUCAUUUAGCUCCGAUGGUGUGACAUUGGUAUACCUUCAGUGCAGCCGUUACGUAAACGAGACUUAGCAGGCAUGAACAUUGAUCAUCACCUUCCUUGUAAAAGAAGGCGUGAUGGUUCAUCGUGUAGGUACCAAAAUAUAUAUUAUGUAUGUAACACGAGACACCAAGACAUCAAGAAAUGUGUCUCGUUUGAACUGCUUGGUAAAUCUUACAGAGCCAUUCUAGAACUAGAUAUCCUCCUUCUCUGCUUAAAUACUAGGCAGAUGCCGUGAAGGCAACUGAAUGUACACAAACAGGAGAGCAGUAACUAUCCA